AAAAUCAAAGGCAGAGCGAUUUUCAAACAUAGUCUGCUGUCUCCGAAAAUUCGAUGACCAAUAGACAAGUCUCGUGAGCAGGACCCAAAAAACGAGUGGUUUUUAUAAUUUUCACGAUUCACCUCGAUGUAACUUCAAUCGAAUAGGUACAAAUAUUCACGAUAAUGGAGCAAAGAGCACCAGCAAAUGCAGUUGAGUUGAUCGACAUCGGCUCAUCCGACGACGACAACGAACCGCAAAUAAUUUCGCCGAAUCCGUCCGUAUCAACGAUACCGACGUCACCCUACGGCCACGUCUUGCAAGCGACGUCGUCGACUCUCAACCAAGCAACGACGUCGUGUGUCAGCGUCGACGAUGCCGUAAUUCUCGACUGCCUGGGGGUGGAGUUCGGGUGCUUCAGGUUCCGGCCGCUCCCUGGGGUAAAACACGCGUACCGCAUCUGCUUAGAACGAAUUCACUUCAGAUUGGCGGUCCUAUCGAAUCCUUCUUUGUAUAUAACUUUUAGCAUUUUACAGCAGCAUAUCGUGAAAAUUACAAUGGAAAUGGUAAGGAACUUGUGUCACUGUACUGUAUUCUUCGACGAUCUUGCAACCAAUACCAUAAUGGAAGAGAUGUUCAGAAGAAAUCCCAAUGAUUGUUAUGAUCAUUCUGGGAUUGGAGCUCCUGUGCCUGUAAUCACGUUCGUUCUUCGCGAUGUGUUGAACCCGGAAGAUCAUGCGAGGAUCACGUCUAUGUUUGGGACGCGUUUCCAAGCGUCAGAAAAAUAUUUGAUGCAAUUUUCGAAGACAGAACUGAGGCCAACGUCAAAAGAUGAUAAAAUUAUAAUCACUUAUCCAGGGGGGGCUCAGAGCGGAGGUUUCGUUAUAAGGGUCAAUGACUACAAAUGCCUGGACGACGGCGCCUAUCUGAACGACGUCAUGAUCGACUUCUACCUCAAGUACUUUGUCGACAAUAUCCUCUUGGCGGAGAAUCGGCCAAGGACCCACGUGUUCAGCUCUUUCUUUUACCAGAACAUAGCGCCCAGUCCCAAUGAAAAUCCGGGGCUCGAAAAUUCAAAGGGUCGUCAUAAAAAAGUCAGCAAGUGGACAAAACACGUCAAUAUAUUCGAGAAGGAUUUUAUCAUCAUCCCUAUAAACUUGCAUCAGCACUGGUUCGUGGCAAUCGUAUGCUUUCCUGGACUAGCGCUCAUCACCGAAAGCCAAACUCCGAUUUUGAACAGAGCUGCCGGUCAAAGCGGCGGAGUUCGCGAGUUACCUUGUAUUUUAAUAUUCGACUCGAUGCCGCAGGAUCGUGGAGAUGUUUUUACGCCCAUAUUAAACUAUCUCACUCAUGAAUACGAGGCCAAGAUUGGUGAAACAUUUCAAUUCUCGACGAAUAAUAUGGGAGUCGAUACGGUAGUCGUUCCUGCCCAGGUAAAUUCAUGGAAUUGUGGCUUGUUCCUGUUAGAGUACGUGGAGCGUUUUUUCACGCAUCCCAUCAAGGAUUUUAGCAUACCGAUUCUAGGAUUAGAGAAUUGGUUUAAUCAGUCAUGUAUCAGCAACAAAAGAAUUGAAAUCAGCUUGAUUAUUAAGGACUUAAUCAACCAGGACGAGGUUGUACUGCCAAAACUGUUUGAAACUGGCCAGCUUAUAUUUUCGGACUUAUUCCAGUUUAUUGAAUGAUAUAUUCGUGUACACAAACAAAAAAUUAGUAAUCGCGCAAAUUACUUUUUGUAAAUAAUGUGAAAAUCAAUUUUAUCGAAUAUGAUUGUGUGAUUUUACGACUCGGUCGUAUUUUAUCAUAACGUAACUUCGAAGAAAUUCGAGCAAGGAAUGUAAAAAGCGAAUUUGAAAUUAUAAAAAUUAUUUUUCG